CAUUUAUAAAGUAAAAAUGAUUUUGGUGCAGCAGUGUUUGGAAACCCUAUAGUAAGUUGUCCCGACAACUCAAAGGCUCCUUCACCCUUCCUCUCCCCUCCCUUCCCCCAUCUCUAAGCCCCACCCGCACUGAGAGGACAACAGGUCCAAUAUAAGACUCCCAAACAAGAUUCUGAGUGCAUCUGGAAAACACGCAUUUUACCGGGAGAGCAAAACGGUCCAUGAUGAUUCGCACAGCAAUUGAUCACGCAAGAAGGCACCCCGGCCUCAUCCCUCAGUUCUUCUUCAUCUGUUUGGGAAUGGGGGGUGCCUCGAUGUAUCUGGUUCGUCUGGCGAAGGGACCCCACGUCACAUGGAACAAGACUAAGAACCCUGAGCCCUGGAACCAGCUAGACCCGACCUACCAGUACAAGUUGGUGUCAAUCACCACUGACUACAACAACCUAAAGAAGCAGGGGCCAGAGUUCUAGACAUCACAUGCUCCACCAGCCAGGCCCUGAUCCAGGGCCAGUUCCGCACUCAGUGUUGUGUCUGUAUAUAUACUGUCCUUUACUGCAUACAAAAUGUUUUCUAGUGUUGCCCUAGUGAAACCGGCCACACAUUGUUCCAUGUGGACAGAAAUGUGUUUCUAAAUCGUCUUAAAAUCUUCAGAAUUAGCUUGUGUAUCUGCUGUUUUCAUAGUGUGACUUUGUAUGAUGCUGUAUGUAUCCGGUCAGUGUACCCACACACAGAGCAAUCAAUUGUUCAAUUUUUCUGUGUGUUUGCUUUUCUCUUCUCACCAUGGACAGGGCUGUGAGUUUAGCUAAUUAAUUUAUCAAUAACCGUUUGUGUUGUGAGGGAAGCCAGAUUGCAGAGGUGCAUUCACAGAGAGAUCCUGUCACGGUGCAUGUUUAGAGAUCUUGUCUGAUGGAGUUGACAUAGUUUGAAUGGAUACAAUUCAGACAAAAUGGAGUGAAAUAAAAAUUAUUCUUGUCUACUCUGAAGAA